AUGAAUGCGAAGGACGGGGUGACCGACCCGGUGCGACAGGAAGUGGGUGUCUACCAAGGCUGCCCCUUGAGCCCCCUUCUUUUUAUUGCUGCUCUCAUCCCACUGGUCCGCCGUUUGGAACUACUGGAGGAUGUCGGUGUGCCGCUGGCUGAGGGUGUCCGCCCGUGCACCACCGCUUAUGCCGACGACAUCAAGGUUUUCAGUGACAGUGCCGAUGGAAUCCGCCGCUGCCAUGCCGUUGUCCGGAGGUUUCUCCAGUGGACGGGGCUGCGCGCUAACCCUGCCAAGUGUGCGAGCCUUGCGGUGACCAUUAAUGCUCGUGGUAACCCGACACUUGACGACAGUGUUCGGCUGGGGAUUCAUGGCGAUGUCAUUUCCCCGCUCACCCUUAAUGAGAGCUAUCGCUAUUUGGGGGUGGGCGAUGGCUUUGACCAUGUUCAGCACCGCCUCCAGCUCGAGCCAAAGCUCCAGCAGAUAAAGCGAGAGGCUGUGGCACUGAUGAAGUCUGUCUUAGCGGUGUGGCAAGUGGUGAAAGCGCUUAAGACUUACGUAUAUCCGAAGGUGGACUACGCGCUUCGCCACUUGCGCCCGCUUCACUCUCAGCUUGAAGGAUUUGACUGUGCCGUGUAG